UCGCGGCAAGCAGGCAGUUUGGCUCAGUUUGGCUGGUUUCGUUGCGUUGGGUGCGUCUACGUCCAUACGUCUGCGAAGUGUUCACACUCUCACCGACCGUGCGUGUGCACGUGUGUGUAAUUGUGCCGUGGACCGCCAAGGAUCCGUGAUCAUCUCAACAACAGUCGUGUUUGUGUACGUGCGCGCGCGCAUCCGUCUGUCCGUCCGUCGCGCUUUUGACCCGGCGGUGUUUGGUCGCCGUUAUCCCGUCUGUCAGCGUUAAAGGCUGACUUUCUCACAGAAAACUCGCCUAUUGCGACUAUGGCACAAUUACGCUACACCCGUAACCUCUUCCUGCGCGGGAUCUGCAUAAUAUACUUGUUCGCAUUCCUCAGCUUCUACGUGCAGAUUCCAGGUUUGUAUGGAGACAAUGGGAUCCUUCCAGCCAGGACACAGCUGGAUCUUAAGGGAAGAGCAACAUUGGUCAACAAACUAAAACAGAAGCCGACAUUCUUAUGGUUUGCCCCAUAUCUGGGCUUAAACGUUGAUUAUAUGCUGGAUAUACUGGCUUUCCUUGGAGUAGUUUUCUCUUUUGCAGGAUUUGUCUCACAGAAAUUUUGUAUUGCACCAAUAUUUGCAGGACUGUGGUCUCUGUAUUAUUCUUUGUAUCAGAUUGGUCAAACAUUUAUGUUCUUUCAAUGGGACGUACUAUUAUUAGAGGUUGGAUUUCUAUGCAUACUUGUGGCACCAUUUUGGUGGAGUCCUUAUCAUGGGAGGCCAAGCGAUGGUGUGACAGUCUGGGCUGUACGUUGGUUGCUAUUCCGUCUUAUGUUUGCUAGUGGAGUAGUGAAACUUACUUCAAACUGUCCAAUCUGGUGGAAGUUAGAUGCCCUAAAUAUCCAUUUUGAAUCCCAAUGUAUACCAACUCCUCUCGCAUGGUACGCACAUCAUUUGCCAACAUGUUUCCUUCGAUUAGCCAACGUUGCUACAAAUGUUAUCGAGCUUGCUGUACCAUUCUUAUUUUUCUUCCCAAACAGAAAAGUGAGAAUAACGGCAUUUUAUUUGCAGGUAAUUCUGCAAAUUUGCGUUAUGGCUACUGGAAAUUAUAAUUUCUUUAAUUUUCUUACCAUUUGCCUAUGCAUAUCCUUGCUGGACGAUCAGUUCUUUUACAAAUUAAGAAAAUCUAAGAACGAUAAGUCUCGUAUUAAGAAUUAUUUUUCUAUAUUAUUGACAAUAUUAGUUUAUGGAGGAGUAAUUUAUGGGACAUACAUUUACUAUGAUCUUAGGAUAACAGAAAAUUGGACCAUUGAAACUAGUAUCGCAUUUACACGGGAGCAAUUUGAUUACAUUCUAUCUCGCGCAGUGCUACUUUCGAUAUACAUCGGUGUAGCAUCCCUCGGAUUAACGAUAGUGGACUCAAUAAGCACUUCUAUGUAUCAAAUGAAAAGGACUCGUGAUAAAAUAAUAACAAUAAUAAAUACCAUUUUCUACAUCAUAGCUAUAGGCUGGAUUUUUGCAAUAAGCCUCGUACCGUAUUCCACUUUGCAUCAGUCGAACAAUUCAACGAUACUCGGUCAUCUAAAACCGAUCCAUGAAAAAGUGGAUUAUCUUCAUAUAACGAAUAAUUAUGGAUUAUUCCGUCGUAUGACAGGAGUCGACGGCAGACCUGAGGUUGUGAUAGAGGGAAGCGACAACAUUGACGGACCUUGGAAGGAAUAUGAAUUUUUAUAUAAACCAGGAAAUGUUAACAACUCAUUGCCAUUUGUUGCACCUCAUCAACCUCGUCUCGAUUGGCAAAUGUGGUUUGCUGCUUUAGGUACAUAUCAUAACAAUCCGUGGUUAAUGUCGCUAGCCUAUCGUUUAUUGAGCGGACAGCCCGAGGUAUUAGCGUUGAUGAACACUGUCGAAAACCCAUUCCGAGAUAAACCACCGAAAUAUGUUAGGGCCAGUCUUUAUUAUUACCAUUACACAUCGCCGUGGAGCCAAACAUCGAAUACUCGUGCUUGGUGGACCAGAGAAAGAGUAGGAGAGUAUUUCCCAAUGUACAGCCAAAAUCAUCCUCCUCUUAUUGAUUAUUUGAAAAAAAUGAAAAUAAUUCAAGAAAAGCCAGGUUUUAAGGUCACAAAUAAACCACUUAAAUUGAUUUUGGAUUAUCUUAGAUCUUUGGUCAGAGAAGUGGAACCAAGCUUAAUUUUAUGGGCCGUAUUUACGGCCGGUUGCGCACUUAUCAUAACAGGUUACAGCAGUUCGGCAUCGAAAAAGAAAUAGUUACUCUGAGCGAUAAUCAUUAAAACUUAAUAAGUUACAAAAUUAUAAGAUAUUGAAUAUUAACAAAGAUGCAAGCUGUAAAAUAUACAUAUAUCAGCUGAAUAUGAAUUAUUUGCAUACAGUGUGACUUACAACUUUGUUAGAGAUACAAGGUUAAUCUUUGCAUGUAAAAUAAACAUUUGCAUUUCUUCCUUUCACCUAAUAGGUCUCUGUUAGACAAUAUUAACUAUUAUGUCGUGUAUGAUAACGCAUUAAAUAUAAGUCUACUAAGAUAACUCAUAAGAGAAACAGGCAUUUUAUUUUAUAUAAAUGAGGUUUUUUAGAGCUUUUGAUAUUUGAUGAACGGAUAUGUUAAAUACGUUGCAUUUCUCAUUUACACUGUUAAUAAUCUGUAUUCCAUUCUAUGUUUAUACUUAUUACAAAAAGUGUGAUAUGAUUUGUAAUAUUCAGUAUAUAUAUAUAUGCAUAUAUGAAAAUUGGAUCUCCUUCAUUUCAUGCUAUUUUGUAUCGCUCAUUAGCAUUAAUUUCGAUGUGUGGUUUUAAGAAUAUUAAGUACUUAUAAUAAAACAAAAGUUAUUCAUUAUGAUGAAAAUAAGAAAAAUCAAACACUUUGGUGUGUGUAUAUAUAUAUAUGUAUAUAUAUAUGUAUACACCGCACUAUCUUAUUUUUUCAAUUUAUAUGAAGCAUAUUUUCUUAUAUAACUCGUUGCUAUUGCAUUUUUUCUAAUGUCUUUUACAAAUAUUAUACGUUCCUUGACAUUAUUUAAAUAGAUUUCGUUAAACAUUUGUUUAAAACAAUAUUUGUUAGUAGCCACUCUAUGGCCUUCCAAAAAUCUAUAAAUGUAAUUUUAUAUUCUACUUAUAAUAUAUUAGAUACAUGUGUUUGUAACUUUAUGCAUGCACAUACACAUAUUAUAUAUAUAGUGUCUACAACGUUUUAUUCUUUUAUAUUUCGAAAAUUAUGAAAACCGUGAAAUACGUAUUCGAUUAUUUUGAGAGACUACUCUAUUUUUUAAUUUUAAAAGAGUAACUUCUCGAAACGAUCGAGUACGUAUUUCGUGAUUUUUCUAAAGUUUAAUCGUUUCCGAAAUAUAGGGGAUAUUAAAGACUUUAUAGACAUCCUGUAUAUUUGACACCCUAUGUAUACAUAUAUAUUUUCAGAGUAUUGCUAUUGUUAAUUAUCACAGUUGUGUAAUACAUUUAUAAAUAAUUUUCAGAAGAUUAUAUUUGUAAUAAAUAAAAACUAGUCUUUUUUUCUACGCUCAUUUACUUUAAAGGGAAAUGUAAACAAAAAUAUAAACUAAAAAAAUGUAUGUCAUGUUUGCAGAUAAAUAAAACUUUAAUGCUUCCUA